UUUUAUCGAAAUUACCUCUAAAUUUGUUCUCCGCCCCGAACGCAUCUCCAUUUCCUGGAGUUGGGGUCGGAGAACAGCCAGAUUUGUUCUGGUUCAGAGAAGGGAGGCUGACCAAGGAUCGAGGAUGAGCGUCAUCGAUAUCCUUACGCGGGUCGACGUAAUCUGCAAGAAGUACGAGAAAUACGACGUCGACAAGCUCAAUGCCGACAAUGUUUCCGGUGACGACGCCUUCGCCCGCCUUUAUGCCUCCGUCGAUUCGGACAUCGAAUCAGCCCUCCAGAAAGCGGAAGCAGCGUCCAGCGAAAAGAAUCGAGCCGCAGUUGUGGCGUUGAAUGCGGAGAUCCGGCGCACAAAGGCGCGGUUGCUGGAGGAGAUCCCGAAGCUGCAGCGGUUGGCCGUGAAGAAGGUAAAAGGGCUGUCAAAAGAGGAACUUGCUACACGCAGUGACUUGGUGUCAGCUCUACCAGACAGGAUUCAAUCAAUUCCAGAUGGGAGUUCAACUGGAGCAAAAACUGGCGGCUGGACAGCUUCAGGUUCUCGCACAGGGAUUAGAUUCGACACUACUUCAGAUGGAAGAUUUGACAGUGAGUACUUUCAGCAGACUGAAGAAUCAAACCAAUUUAGGCAAGAGUAUGAAAUGCGCAAAAUGAAACAAGAUCAAGGUUUGGAUGUUAUAUCGGAAGGACUGGAUACACUGAAAAACAUGGCCCAUGACAUGAAUGAAGAAUUGGACAGGCAAGUACCUCUGAUGGAUGAAAUUGAUUCAAAGGUGGACAAGGCUACUUCUGACCUGAAGCAUACCAAUGUCAGACUUAAGCAGACUGUUACUCAGCUAAGAUCCAGUCGCAAUUUUUGCAUUGACAUAAUCUUGUUGUGCAUUAUUCUUGGUAUUGCUGCUUAUCUGUACAAUGUACUAAAGAAAUGAGAUUCCAAUGACACGAUCAGUCUUCCAUCUGAUUGCGCAUUUGUAUUCCAUCGGGCAAGAGAU